ACUCGAGUGCCUGUGGGAACUAUCGCGGGUAUUGUUGAAAGAUUGUUAUUAAAAACGCCGGGAACAGUGAUAGGGUGUCUGGGAGCCGCCGGCAACGGUGGCGCGGGUAUUUGUGAUAGUGAUAAAAAUAGUGGAGAGGAUCCACUGCGAUUCAAUGCUAAUGACACGACGGUAGAAUCCGCUGUGGUGCAGGAGGUUGAGGUGGACGAGGUCAAGAUGGAAGUACCUGAGGAUCAUCUCGCGAGGGAGUAUGUCCAGGAGUUUGUUCUCGAUCAUCUCGAUCCUGCCGAUGUCAAACGCGAGGUGCGAAUAGGAUCGCCAGCAGUAAUGGUAAAUGGAAAUAUAGUUAGUCAAAUGCAUCAGGGAAUGACUUUAGCCCCGCUGACACCGCCCGCUCACGAAUUGGAACAGCCCCAUCCGUUAUAUGGACAACCGCACAUUCAGGUGCAGCACGGGGUGCUGGUUAAAGCACCGUCCGGCAUAUCAACGCACUUGACGACUCUAUCGCACCCGGGUACGCCGCCCGAUACACCGCCUAUAUCGGCGUCACCGCCACCCCUUCAGCUCCAUCAUCGCAAUGAUCGCGAUUUGCGGGAGAAGGGUGGACUGCUGGUGCAAUUGCACCAGCAGCAGCCGUUACUCGGUCAGGAUGAGAUGCAAAUUGGCACUGGGGGGAUGGGAUGGUUGACGCAGUCGUUGAGACAGGAACCACUUGAUUUGAGACCACAUUGUCCUCAAGAGCAGACACCUGAGCCGCCGCAUGAGGCUUGGUCUAAUCAUCCACAGUUUCAAGAGCAGAUACAGCAUUUACCGAGGCAUCUUAGACAUGGUGGUGGAUAUAUUUCCAUGUCCGGUCACCUCGAGUGUUACGGACCGAACGGUGACCACACAAAUGGAAUGCUCCCAACGAGCAACGGCGUCUCCUCCAGCAUAGACGAUUCCCAAGUUCGUUUUCAGGUUGCACGACCCCUGAGUGUCUGCUCAGCAGGUUCAAUCGGGGGCAGUGGACCGAGUCCUGGUCAUCCUGCUCAUCGCACGGGAACCAGCCUCUACUCCAAUUGCAAUGGCAGCAAUCCGCAGGACGAGCUCAUGGACGAUGAGGUGUUGAUGUCCUUGACAGUGCGAGAGCUCAACAAACGUCUCCAUGGCUGUCCCAGGGAGGAGGUGAGUAAGAUUGUCCGACUGAAGCAGAAGCGACGGACUCUGAAGAACCGCGGCUAUGCGCAGAAUUGCCGCAGCAAAAGGCUUCAACAGCGUCACGACUUGGAGACGACAAACAGAACAUUGAGUGCUGAGUUACAACAAUUGCGUCUGAACAAUGCGCAAUUGGUCCAGGAGCGUGAUAUGUACAAGCAGCGGUACGAGAUGAUGAGGGCGAGGCAGAAUCAGCAGCACAAUCACAAUCAGAAUCAUCAUCCGGCGCAACCCUCGCCGCAGCACAAUCGAUCAACGAAUCAUCAGCAGUCUCAUCUCCAGACAGCUCCAAUGGCUCAGGCACAACAACCAACGGCACCACCGGCACCAGCCAGUCCUGAGGUCUAUCUGUGACAUCGACAGCGCCGCAGUGGCGCUUGUUGGACGUGAAACUCAAUCAUAAUUAUGUGAAUCGGUCGGUGAAGUGAUGAAAAUGUUGAACUUUAAAUUUUUCAUGUUCUAUCAUUUCACUCUUCUGAACAAAUCCAUUAAAAAUUUAUCAUUGUUUUUAAUUUAUUGGUAGGGUAACGAGGACUUUACCAUUGGAGACAAAUCAUGCCAAUGUGUAUUUAGAUUAAUUCAAAUCUUUUGGAAUUUUGUGCAAUUGACAUGUGCAAUCUAGAAAAUUGUCUCUUUUUUUAUAGACAUUUUGGACAUUUGGAAAUGGGAGUUAAAAUCAUUGAUAUCUCCUGACUCAGUGCUGCAAUUUCAAAAAAUCUGGUCUCAUUUUGAAUGAAUCCAAAUUCGUUGAAUUUCACUCAAUCAAUCUCGAGAUAUUCAAGACUAAAGAAGAUCCUUAUAUCCUUUUUUCUUUAAUUCUGGUUCUAAUAUUUUUUAUGACGUUAACUAUGAUUACAAACAUCUGUUAUUUUCUUGUAACAUAAUCAAUCAAAUGGUAACAAUUUAUUAUUUUAAAAUGAAAGAUGUUUUCAUUCCUGUUAAUCUGUAUAUAAGAUGAUUAUACUUAUUAUGAUAAUAAAAGAGGAAAUGUUGUCAUCAACAGAACAACGUAAAUA